AUGAUUAGAAGGUUGAAGGACAGGAGGGAUGAGCAGACGUCUACCAUCCUAAUCGAGUCCCCCAUCCUACUCCAGUCCCCCAUCCUACUCCAAACCCCAUCCUACUCCGGUCUACCAUCCUACUCCAGUCCCCCAUCCUACUCCAGUCCCCCAUCCUACUCCGGUCUACCAUCCUACUCCAGUCCCCCAUCCUACUCCGGUCUUCCAUCCUCCUCCAGUCUACCAUCCUACUCUUUUCCCCCAGCCUACUCCAGUCUCCCAUCCUACUCCAGUCUACCAUUCUACUCCAGUCCCCCAUCCUACUCCAGUCCCCUGUCCUACUCUAGCCUACCAUCCUUCUCCAGUCUACCAUCCUACUCCAGUCCCCCAUCCUACUCCAGUCCCCUGUCCUACUCUAGCCUACCAUCCUGCUCCAGUCUACCAUCCUACUCCAGUCCCCCAUCCUACUCCAGUUUACCAUCCCAAUUUAGUCUACCAUCCUACUCCAGUCCCCCAUACUUCUUAAGUCUACUCCAGUCUACCAUUCUACUCCAGUCUACCAUCCUGCUCCAGUCUACCAUCCUGCUCCAGUCCCCAUUCUACUCCAGUCCCCCUUCCUACUCCAGUAUAAAAUCCUACUCCAUUCUACCAUCCUACUCCAGUCUACCAUCCUACUCCAGUCUACCAUCCUACUCCAGUCUACCAUCCUACUCCAGUCUACCAUCUUACUCCAGUCUAUCAUCCUACUCCAGUCCACCAUCCUACUCCAGUCUACCAUCCUACUCCAGUCUACCAUCCUACUCCAGUCUACCAUCCUACUCCAGUCUACCAUCCUACUCCAGUCUACCAUCCUACUCCAGUCUACCAUCUUACUCCAGUCUAUCAUCCUACUCCAGUCCACCAUCCUACUCCAGUCUACCAUCCUACUCUAACUACUAUCCUACUCCAGACUACUAUCCUACUCCAGUCUACUAUCCUACUCCAGACUACUAUCCUACUCCAGUCUAUCAUCCUACUCCAGACUACUAUCCUACUCCAGACUACUAUCCUACUCCAGACUACUAUCCUACUCCAGUCUACCAUCCUACUCCGUAA